CCGCGGCUCUGGGGCGGCCCGAGCCCUGCUCCUGCUCCUGCUCCUUUCCCUUCCCCAGGCCCAGCCCGAGGCCCCGGACGCCGCGGGACUGGAGUGCCAGCCGGUGCUGGAGGCGGAGCGGCGCCGCCGCGCAGAGACAGGUUCCUCCGGCCCAGCAGCUCCCUUCCCCGCACGACGGACUUUUCCUGGACCCCAGGCAGCUGCGGCCUCUGGCGCCCAGCACCCCUGGACCCUCUGGCCUCUGCACAGCCUCUUUCAUUCAAAAGCUCAGGUCGCUUCCAGCCCAGGCUGACCUGGGAGGGUGACUCCCUUUCGUUCCUAGCACUAUGCCAGGCACUGUGGCGACACUGCGGUUCCAGCUCCUGCCCCCCGAACCAGAUGAUGCCUUCUGGGGUGCACCCUGUGAACAGCCCCUGGAGCGCAGGUACCAGGCACUGCCGGCCCUCGUCUGCAUCAUGUGCUGUCUAUUUGGAGUCGUCUACUGCUUCUUCGGUUACCGCUGCUUCAAGGCAGUGCUCUUCCUCACUGGGUUGCUGUUUGGCUCGGUGGUCAUCUUCCUGCUGUGCUACCGGGAGCGGGUGCUGGAGACACAGCUGAGUGCCGGGGCGAGUGCGGGCAUCGCACUGGGCAUCGGGCUGCUGUGCGGGCUGGUGGCCAUGCUGGUGCGCAGCGUGGGCCUCUUCCUGGUGGGGCUGCUGCUCGGUCUCCUGCUCGCUGCUGCCGCCCUGCUGGGUUCCACCCCCUACUACCAGCCGGGUUCCGUGUGGAGACCUUUGGGGCUGCUGCUGGGGGGCGGCCUGCUCUGCGCGCUGCUCACGCUGCGCUGGCCUCGCCCGCUCACCACUCUGGCCACCGCUGUGACUGGUGCUGCGCUCAUCGCCACUGCCGCUGACUACUUUGCUGAGCUGCUGCUGCUGGGGCGCUAUGCGGUGGAGCGGCUGCGCGCCGCCCCGGUGCCUCCUCUCUGCUGGCGGAGCUGGGCCCUGUUGGCGCUUUGGCCUCUGCUCAGCCUGAUGGGCGUCCUGGUGCAGUGGCGGGUGACGGCCGAGGGGGACUCCCACACGGAAGUGGUCAUCAGCCGUCAGCGACGACGUGUGCAGCUGAUGCGGAUAAGGCAGCAGGAAGAGCGCAAGGAGAAGCGGCGCAAGAAGAGACCCCCAAGGGCUCCCUCCAGAGGUUCCCGGGCUCCUCCAAGGCCUGGGCCCCCUGACCCUGCUUAUCGGCGCAGGCCAGUGCCCAUCAAACGCUUCAAUGGAGAUGUCCUCUCCCCGAGCUAUAUCCAGAGCUUCCGGGACCGGCAGACAGGAAGCUCACUGAGCUCCUUCAUGGCCUCACCCACAGACAUGGACUAUGAAUACGGGUCCCGGGGACCACUGACAGCCUGCACAGGGCCCCCUGUGCGGGUAUAGCAGUCUAGCGGCUCCCGCCCACCUGGACUCUGUGGUCACCAGCUCUGUUAGCUUGCGGAGGCCUGCUGGGCCACCACCCAGCCCACCUAGCCCUGUAGCCUAUGGCUGUUUCUCUACCCUGGAGAGGACUGGCCCGGCUGCUAGAAGGGAGGACCUGUCUCGGGCUAUGCCUGGUCUGAGGGAAAGCCCUCUCCCAAGGGCCUCCUGAGGGACAGGGGUUGUGAGCCCCUUUGGGCUGUGCUCAGGGUUGUGAGUGUGUCACCUGUGCGUGCGUGUGCAUGAAGGGGUGGGGUUGGAGGGAACACUGGGACCCUUGCCUUAGAUUUCUGAUUGGUAGGGCUUCUGCAAGGUUUGCCCACCUCCUCUUCCACUGCUGGGGUCCCAUGGGCCACUCUCCUGCAUGUCCAAGUGGGGGAGGUCUGCCUUCUCCCUCCCCUGCUCUGCCUCUCAGCCAGAUUCAUCCAAGGCUUCUUGUCCUUCUCCACUGCAGCACCCCUCACCCUGGUUCCCUGUCCUCUGCAAAGCCACCAGCCUGAGGGCAGUGACAGAGGAUGGGGGUGGGGGCUGCUGCUCUGGGCUGGGUUGGGGAGGAGGCCUGGGGCUAAGGGGGCUUAAAUGCACGAUGCAUGUCUGGUGUCUGUCAUUGCCACCCUGGACACCUCAUGCUUCUGUCUCCCUUCGCCCCACCCUGUUUUACAUCUUUUAUAAAUGUGCCAAACUGUGGCUUCUGCCA